GUGAUAACACCAGAAGAAAUAAUCGCCAAAGAGCCAUCGUCUGACAUGGCCGAAACGCAGGUGUUUGGGGAUAUUAGCAAUUCAGAUGAUGACGAUAAAACAGUCGUACACAAGCAGCAAAAACAACCUCUUAAUUCAUCUCCAUUACCAUCGUCCACAAAUGAACACUAACAUUUGCGAUUAG